GGGGGGUUUGGCGGGGUGAAAGGUUGCGAAGAUGGCGACGGCCUUGAGCGAGGAGGAGCUGGACAAUGAAGACUAUUACUCGUUGCUGAACGUGCGCAGGGAGGCCUCUUCUGAGGAGCUGAAAGCUGCCUACCGGAGGCUGUGUAUGCUUUACCAUCCUGACAAGCACCGAGACCCAGAGCUCAAAUCACAAGCAGAACGACUGUUUAACCUUGUUCACCAGGCAUAUGAAGUGCUCAGCGACCCCCAGACCAGAGCCAUCUAUGACAUAUAUGGGAAGAGAGGACUGGAAAUGGAAGGAUGGGAGGUGGUGGAGAGGAGGAGAACGCCGGCUGAAAUCAGGGAAGAGUUCGAGCGGCUGCAGAGAGAGAGGGAGGAGAGGAGGCUGCAGCAGCGCACCAACCCCAAGGGGACCAUCAGUGUUGGCAUCGAUGCCACUGACCUUUUUGAUCGCUAUGAAGAGGAGUACGAAGAUGUGUCCGGAAGUGGUUUUCCGCAGAUUGAAAUCAACAAGAUGCACAUAUCCCAGUCCAUUGAGGCACCCUUGACAACUACAGACACAGCCAUCCUCUCCGGAAGCCUCUCAACCCAAAAUGGGAAUGGAGGGGGUUCCAUUAACUUCGCGCUUAGACGAGUCACUUCCGCAAAGGGAUGGGGAGAGUUAGAAUUUGGAGCCGGGGAUCUGCAGGGACCUUUAUUUGGUCUGAAGCUGUUCCGUAAUCUCACCCCAAGAUGCUUUGUGACGACAAACUGUGCUCUGCAGUUUUCAUCCCGUGGAAUCCGGCCUGGCCUCACCACUGUCCUAGCCCGGAACCUGGACAAGAACACAGUGGGCUACCUGCAGUGGCGGUGGGGUAUCCAGUCGGCGAUGAACACGAGCAUCGUCCGGGACACCAAAACCAGCCACUUCACUGUGGCCCUGCAGCUUGGAAUCCCUCACUCCUUUGCACUGAUCAGCUAUCAGCACAAAUUCCAGGAUGAUGACCAGACCCGCGUGAAAGGAUCCCUGAAGGCGGGCUUCUUCGGGACGGUGGUGGAGUACGGAGCAGAGCGCAAAAUCUCCAGGCACAGCGUCCUAGGCGCAGCUGUCAGCGUUGGAGUCCCUCAGGGCGUUUCUCUCAAAGUCAAGUUAAACAGGGCCAGUCAAACUUACUUCUUCCCUAUUCACUUGACGGACCAGCUUCUUCCCAGCGCCGUGUUCUACGCCACCGUGGGGCCGCUCGUCGCCUACUUCGCUCUUCACCGUCUGGCCAUCAAACCGUACCUCCGGGCGCAGAAAGAGAAGGAGUUGGAAAAGCAGAGGGAAAGCACAGCCACUGACAUUCUGCAGAAGAAACAAGAGGCAGAAGCUGCCGUCCGACUGAUGCAGGAAUCUGUCCGACGGAUAAUUGAGGCGGAAGAGUCUAGAAUGGGGCUCAUCAUCGUCAACGCCUGGUACGGGAAGUUCGUUAACGACAAGAGCAAGAAGAGUGAGAAGGUGAAGGUGAUUGACGUGACUGUGCCCCUGCAGUGCCUGGUGAAGGAUUCGAAGCUCAUCCUCACAGAGGCCUCCAAGGCAGGGCUGCCUGGGUUCUACGACCCGUGCGUAGGUGAGGAGAAGAACCUGAAAGUGCUUUACCAGUUCCGAGGCGUCCUGCACCAGGUGAUGGCGCUGGACAACGAGACGCUUAGGAUACCAAAGCAGUCUCACAGGAUCGAUACAGAUGGAUAAACUGCUUGAGAAACCAGAUUUACAAGAGGCUGCAAAAAAUCCUUUCCUAGGAGUCUACAAAUUCAGAAGCAGGGAAAAAAUCCAGACAUCAGAUGUGUUUAUUUUAUAUUAUUCCUGUAGAAGGUGGUACCAUAUCAAUUAUGUGGAGGGACACAGACACCCCGCUUUCACGGGUGCUGUAGGUAGGACUGAGGCAGCCCCACCUGGACCAGAACCGCAGCACGGCCUGUGGCUGUUUUCCCAAGGAUCAUGUCCCUGGAGGGGAAGGGCCCUGAGCCCCCGUCCCCUGGGCUCCUGAGCCUGCGUGCUGACUGCAGCCACCCAGUAGCGCUCGGUCUGUCUCGAGGUGUUGAUGGAACAUCCUGCCCUCACACGUAGGACUGUGAACUACUUUUCCUAAAAUCCACACUGAGCAUGGAAAACAAAAUGGAAAGGAAGGAAGUUGUUCUCGUGAGCACAGUUCUCCAGAACAAGUGAGCAUCUGUUCGGUCAGCUUCCCCAAAACCACUUUUUCCUGAUGAAAUAUUACUCAGUGGAUCUGGAGAGGAUUGUGUGGGUUUAUAAAUCUGCUUUUUAUCUGAGAA